UUUUUUUUUUUUUUUAUAAAGAAAAGGAGAGACAAGGGGGCCUGGGUAGCUCAGCGAGUAUUGACGCUGACUACCACGCCUGGAGUCGUGAGUUCGAAUCCAGGGCGUGCUGAGUGACUCCAGCCAGGUCUCCUAAGCAAUCAAAUUGGCCCGGUUGCAAGGGAGGGUAGAGUCACAUGGGGUAACCUCCUCAUGGUCGCUAUAAUGUGGUUCUCGCUCUCGGUGGGGGGAAGUUGUACGUGGAUGCCGCGGAGAAUAGCGUGAAUACUCCAAGCACGCCACGUCUCUACGGUAACGCGCUCAACAAGCCACGUGAUAAGAUGCGCGGAUUGACGGUCUCAGACGCGGAGGCAACUGAGAUUCGUCCUCCGCCACCCGGAUUGAGGCGAGUCACUAUGCCACCACGAGGACUUAUAGCGCAUUGGGAAUUGGGCAUUCCAGAUUGGGGAGAAAAGGGGAGAUAAUAAUAAUAAUAAUAAUAAAAAAACACUUGUAUUGAACUCGCAAUGAUCCUUUAAAUGAAUGAUAAAAUAUUAGACUGAAAGCCUUAAAUUAACUCAUGGGUUAGUCCAUUCUCAAGAGAGUUUAUGAAAAAAUAUGAUAAACAUUUUUAUAAAAACAAAAACUAAAACUUAAAAGAAGUCGUCAAAAAUAAAUAAAUAAACAAAUAAUAAUAAUAAUUAAAUACAAAAAAAAAAAAAAAUACAAAAAAAAUAAAAAGGCCGAUAGCCAUUCCAGGCUUUCGAGAUUGCCAUGCGGGAUGAAUCCGGUUCGCAGUUCAAUCCAGCCCGUGUUUUCCGGGGAUCCGAUCAGAAUUCCUGCCGCUCGCUCUCUCUCAGUGAUCGGUGAAAAAUAUCUCCAACUGUCCGGACUGAAUCUCCCUCUUUCUCUCCACCUUUACACAUUAUGCCUGCACUGACGCCUCUGAUUUCUCUUCUCUCCAGUUCGGCGUCGUUUUAAUCUCGCAAACAUGGACUGACUUUGAUUUUGCCCCGUCGCCUUUUGAAGUUUUGAAGCGCAUUUCUCCGGCUGACCGUGUCUCGCGACUCCGCGAGCUUCGUGUUUCUUUCGGCAACUUUCGGAAGUAACUCGUUCCGGAUGUGUUCACACUGUUGAGCUCGUCCGAGCGCUCGAGCACAGGGAUUUUAAAUACGGAUCGUGUCCGAGGCUUUUUCAUACUUCUUUUAUUCGUGUUUUAAGUGAUGGCGGAGCGGGGAGCCCUGCUGCUCCUCUCUCUUUUCUGCCUCACAAUCACCGUUUCACAGGCUGCAAAAGGCUCAACAGUGAGGAGUUUCAGCCCGUUUUGGUUCUCCGUAGAGCCCUCAGACACACUAGCGGUGCGGGGAGCGCCGGCACUGCUCAACUGCACAGUCCACAGCGAGACCCCUGCUAAGAUCGAGUGGAAGAAGGAUGGCUCUUUCCUCAACCUGGCAUCAGAUGAUCACAGACAGGUCCUGGCAGACGGAUCGCUCCUCAUUAGCUCAGUAGUGCACUCUAAACACAAUAAACCUGAUGAAGGGGUUUACCAGUGCGUGGCCACUAUAGACAACCUGGGCACCAUCCUCAGCCACACAGCUAAACUCAGUGUAGCAGGUCUACCACGGUACCUCAGUCAGCCAGAAUCUGCAUCGGUUCACGUCGGUGACAGUCAUGUGUUGAGAUGUGAAGUGAACUCAGAGCUGGUGUCUUUCAUUCGCUGGGAGCAAGACAAAGAUCCGGUUAAGCUGGAUGAGAGAGUCUUCACGCUGCCCAGUGGAGCGCUUGUCAUCAGUAACAUCACAGAGGCAGAUGCAGGACUGUACCGCUGUGUGAUCGAGAAUGCUGGGCCUACCAAGACCAGUGAUGAGGCACAAUUACUCGUACUGCCUAAAACAGGUGAGGAAAGGAGCCUGGAGUUCCUGCUGGAGCCUCAGUCUGUGUCUAAAGUCGUGGGAGAGAACGUGCUUCUCCCCUGUGUGGUGACUGGAUAUUCCACAGAUGGAUACGUCCGAUGGAUGCACAAAGACCAGCUCAUUGAGGAGAGUAAGGGCCGUUUUGAGGUGCUCGGUGGGGGGAGUCUGCAGAUCUUCAAUCUGACUGAGGAAGAUGCUGGCAUGUACAGCUGCCUGGCAGACAACAUCAACUCAUCCAUUGAAGCCCAGGCUGAACUCACGCUGAAAGCUCCCCCACAGUUCCUGAAGAAACCUGCUGACGUCUACGCUCAUGAAGGUACAGACAUCAUCUUUGAGUGUGAGGUCACUGGCUCGCCUGCUCCCACCAUCAAAUGGGUGAAGAAUGGAGAUGCCGUCAUUCCAAGUGAUUAUUUCAAGAUCAUUAAGGAGCAGAACCUGCAGGUGCUUGGAUUGGUUAAGUCUGAUGAAGGGUUCUAUCAAUGUUUAGCUGAGAAUGGCGCUGGCAACGUGCAGUCCAGUGCUCAACUCAUCAUUCUGGACCAAGGCUCCGGCGGCAGCACUGGCCCCACACCCUCGGCCCCCCGUGACGUCGUGGCCUCGCUAGUCUCCACCCGCUUUAUGAAGGUGACCUGGCGCCUGCCGGCCGAAACGCAUGGAGACGACAUCACCUACUCUGUUUACUACAGUCUGGAGGGCACUAACAGGGAGCGGAUUGUCAACACCAGUCGUCCCGGAGAAAUGCAAGUCACCAUUCAGAACCUAAUGCCAGACACCAAGUAUGCCUUCCGGGUGGUGGCCUACAACAGAAAUGGCCCUGGAGAGAGCUCAGCACCUUUGAGGGUAGCCACCCAACCUGAGGUCCAGGUACCUGGACCAGCUCCUAACCUCCACGCUGUGGUCACGUUCCCCACCACAGUGAGCCUCAGCUGGGACAUGCCCCUCACCGGCAACGGCGAGAUACAAAACUACAAAAUUUACUACAUGGAGAAGGGUCUCGGAAAUGAGCAGGAUAUAGAUGUCAAAACACUAUCUUACACCAUGACUGGGCUGAAGAAGUUCACAGAGUACAGUUUCAGAGUGGUGGCCUACAAUAAACAUGGACCUGGAGUCUCUACUGAGGAUGUAUCCAUACGGACCUACUCUGAUGUUCCCAGUGCUCCUCCACAGAAUCUGACCGUUGAGGUGCUGAACUCUAAGAGCAUCAUGGUCAGAUGGCAGCCUCCUCCAGCAGAUGCUCAGAACGGUGAAAUCUCUGGAUACAAGAUUCGUUACAGGAAGGGCGCGAGGAAGAGUGAAGUGGCGGAAAUUACUUCAGGAUCACAGCUCUAUCAGCUCAUAGAUGGUCUACAGCGAGGCACAGAAUACAUGGUGCGAGUGUCAGCCAUGACAGUCAACGGCACGGGACCUGCCACAGAUUGGACCCCUGCCGAGACCUUUGAGAGCGACCUGGAUGAGACAAAAGUGCCAGAUGUCCCCAGCUCCCUGCAUGUACGGCCGCUUGUGAACAGUAUUGUAGUGAGCUGGACUCCUCCAGAGAAUCAGGACAUCGUAGUGAGAGGUUACACUAUCGGCUAUGGGAUUGGCAGCCCACAUGCACAGACCAUUAAAGUGGACUACAAACAGAGAUACUACACCAUUGAGAACUUGAAUCCUAGUUCACACUAUGUUAUCACCCUGAAGGCCUUCAACAAUGUGGGUGAGGGCAUCCCUGUGUAUGAGAGCGCCAUCACACGACCUCAGUCAGACCCCAUAGACCCUAAUGUUGAUUUGUACGAACUUUUCCAUGCUCCAUACACUCCAGUACCAGACCCUUUACCCAUGCUGCCUCCCGUGGGCGUUCAGGCGUCUGUUCUGAGUCACGACACCAUCAAAGUCACCUGGGCGGACAACUCGCUGCCCAAGAACCAGAAGAUCACAGAUGCACGCUACUAUACAGUGCGUUGGAAGACCAACAUACCUGCAAAUGCAAAGUUGAAGGUGGCCAACACCACCACCCUCACUCACACAGUGACGGGUCUGAAGCCCAACACCUUGUAUGAGUUCUCAGUCAUGGUGACUAAGGGCAGGAGGACCAGUACAUGGAGUAUGACUGCACACGGAACAACUUUUGAAUCAAUCCCAAGUUCUGCACCUAAAGACGUGACUGUAGUGAGCAAAGAGGGGCGACCACGAACCAUCAUCGUCAACUGGCAGCCACCUUCAGAGGCCAAUGGCAAGAUCACAGGUUACAUAAUUUACUACAGCACUGAUGUGAAUGCUGAGGUUCAUGAUUGGGUCAUUGAGCCAGUAGUUGGGAACAGACUAACCCACCAGAUUCAGGACCUCACUCUUGAUACCACCUACUACUUCAAGAUCCAGGCGCGUAACUCCAAGGGCAUGGGUCCCAUGUCUGAAGCGGUGCAGUUCCGCACUCCUAAAGCUGAAUCCUCUGACAAAAUGGCUAAUGACCAAGCUCCUGGCAUAUCGGUGAAAUCAGGAAGAGUUCCUGCAACAGACCAAGGCUUUGGAUCAGUUGGGAAAUCAGAUAUGUCUGGCACUGGCGAUAACCACAUCCUGGUUAUCGUCAUCAUUGUGUCUGUGGGAGCCUUCACCAUCAUUGCGGUUGUGGUUGGAGCUUGCCUGUGUACACGCCGUACCACCACACAGCAGAAAAAAAAACGUGCAGCCUGCAAGUCUGCCAACGGAUCCCACAAGUACAAGGGCAACUCUAAAGACCUGAAGCCACCAGAUCUCUGGAUCCACCAUGAACGCUUGGAGCUCAAACCAAUCGACAAAUCACCUGAAUCCAACCCAGUCAUGACCGACACGCCAAUUCCUCGAACCUCCCAGGACAUCACCCCAGCGGACAGCUCCAUGGACCCGAUGCUGCAGAGACGCAACUCGUACCGCGGCCAUGAAUCAGAGGACAGCAUGUCUACACUGGCAGGCCGUCGGGGAAUGAGGCCUAAAAUGAUGAUGCCGUUUGAUGCACAGCCCCCUCAGCCAGUGAUUAGUGCCCACCCCAUCCAUUCCAUUGAUAACCAUCACCAUCAUUAUCACUUGGGUAGCCUGGCCUCGCCGACACGCAGCUAUCUCCAUCACCAGAGCAGCUCACGGCCCUCUCCGAUCUCUCAUCUAGACAGAGCUGAGUCCACAGAGUCAGUGAGGAAUACACCUAGUGCAGACAUGCACCCCCCCUCCGGCCAGCCCUCCUGUGCCACUGAACCCUCAGAGACCGACAUCAGUUACAACAGCUCAGUCACUGAGGACGAGCCCAUGUUCACUGCGCCCACCGCACACGUGCGGCCCACACAUGCCCUCAAGAGCUUCGCAGUGCCCGCCAUCCCAUCUCACCCACACUACGAUUCAGCAGCACUGCCCAGCACUCCACUGCUCACUCAGACAGGGCCGCACUCGGUUAAGACAGCUUCUAUCGGUACACUAGGAAGGACGCGAACUCCCAUGCCUGUCAUAGUGCCAAAUGCACCGGACAUGUCGGACAGCAGCAGACUGCAUGAAGAUGGCGGGAGCGUGAGUACUUCUUACCAUUGACCCUCCCUUCCUAAACCCCCAUUUAACCCAAACCCCAGCUCACCCUAACAUACCCCACCCUUCGUCCCCACCCCGCAGUAACCUUCUUCCUGUGCCUCAGAAUUAUGAGACGGACGAGUUAUCGGAGGAAAUGGCCCAUCUGGAGGGCUUAAUGAAGGACCUAAACGCCAUCACGACAGCCUGAGCACAAUCCUCACACUAACACUAGCCCUCACCUGCCACAGGGGGAUGUUCAACACAGAGGAGUUCUCAAUCAUUCACUAAAUGGAGAGAGACAGAGAGUGAGAGUGUAAAAACAUGGACGUUUACUUUGCUUUCUCUCAGGAAGGACAAACCCAUCUUGAGGACAGUGGACAUUCUGAGAAAAGAACAGCCAGUUCCUUCAAACAAAUGAUUGUGAUUUAUUUUUUCCUCAGCGGAAAAGUUCAGUCAUCCUCAAACUUUUCCUUUGGUUUCAAUGGAGUCCGUUUUCAAAAGACUCAUUUUAUUACUCUGUGGGGAAAAAAAGGAGAAGUACAAUAUGCUGGUGUAUGUGUUGGUGCUCAUAAGGCACAAUUUACAGUGUUUCAUUUGUAUCUUUUCUUUGUAUGUUGUUUUUGUUGUUGUUGUUGUAUCCAUAUACACCGAUCAGCCACAACAUUAAAACCACCUGCCUAAUAUUGUGUAGGUCCCCUCAUGCCAACAAUCAUGCCAUGGUCCAAAUCACUAAGAUCACAUUUUCUCCAUUCUGAUGGUUGAUGUGAACAUUAACUGAAGCUCCUGACCUGUAUCUGCAUGAUUUUAUGCACUGCACUGCUGCCACACGAUUGGCUGAUUAGAUAAUUGAAUGGAUGAUUGUUGGUGCCAGUUGGGCCGGUUUGAGUAUUUCAGUAACUGCUGAUCUCCUGGGAUUUUCACACACAACAGUCUCUAGAGUUUACUCAGAAUGGUGCCAAAAACAAAAAACGUCCAGUGAGCGACAGUUCUGUUGACAAAAACGCCUUGUUGAUGAGAGAGGUCAACAGAGAAUGGCCAGACUGGUUCGAACUGACAAAGUCUACGGUAACUCAGAUAACCACUCUGUACAAUUGUGGUGAGAAGAUUAGCGGGUGCUGAUUUGGCGGCACAAUAUAGGCAGGUGGAUUUAAUGUUGUGGCUGAUUGGUGUAUAUAUUGCCCACUCCCCCCUGUUCCAGUGAGGUAAAUUUUUGACAUUUUUAUUUCUGCAAGUCAUUUUGUAUUAAGCAUUUUUAAUGUGCCAUGUCUUAUUAUUUUCUUUAAAAUGUUUUGUAUUGUUUUAUAUGCAUACAGUAUACACCUAUCAUUUUGUAUAUAUGUUUAAAACAGGCUCAUGUUUUUAACCCCUAUUGACCACCAUACGACAGUUUCCGUUCAGUCAAAUGCUGCUUUUUCCUUUUGCAUUCUGUAACAUUGAUUUCCCCUUGUACGAACAGGGGCUGUUCAGACCGAACACGUUCUUGCGUUAUAAAAUCUAGAUGCAGCGCUAUGAAUAACAGAACAAUUAAAAGAAUGGGCACAGUGCAGGUGUCUCAAGAUGUGAUUUUAAACGGUUUAAAUGUUCUUUUAACAUGACACAGUGUCUAAAAAAGGCAGUGUUUAUGCGUGAGACACUGAUAAAUGUGAGACGUGCUGCAGUGGUCAAAGAUGUCCAUCUAGCGCAUGUUUACUUUGCAAAAAAUGGUUAAAAACAAAAACAACGGCACGAACAGAUGCAAAACAAGUUCGGUGUGAACGGUCUCUUAUGCCUUUUGUUUAAAAUGGGAGUUCCCUUCAGAAAUUGCCUACAUUUGUCUAGAAUGACAAAUCAGUAGCUGUUGUUUUCAAAGAGGGAAUUAAGUUUUCAUUCAAAAUGUUUAUCAAUCUUUAUCACAUAACACUAAUAUUUAGUCUGUAAUGUUGAAAUGUCUCUCUGUCUGUACGAUAUCAUAGACCUCGAUCACAUAUGCUGUCAGCCUUUGGUGCUGAAACUCAAAACUUUAGGUUAUACCAGUGUCAGAAAUUACUUUUUUUUUAAUAUUAUCAUUAUUAAGUGGCAAUAUUUGCCCCCUGGAAUAGAGUUUCGGGAACUUUUUAAUUUUUAUGAGGGCGUAUAUUUUCUAACGUAUAACUGAAAAUGUGUUGUCCAUGUUAAAUACUUUAAUUGAAAUGUUAAUCAUAACCCAGAACUAGACAAGCCUAAAAUUGAAUAUUAAUAAAUAUAUACAAUGCUAAAAAAAAUUUUUUUUAAAAUUACAGUUUAAAUAAUAUGGAAUUACAUCACUGACAAAUGUCUUUGAAAAAAAAAAAUGCACUGAAAUGGCACUAAUUGAAAUAUAAAAGUGUUGCAUUAACAGUACUUGUAUUUUCUGGGGACGCCGUAUAUUUAAGCUGUUAAUAUUUCAAUUGAAAAAAAUUGCAUCAUUAAAAAUUCAAUAACAAAUGGUCACUUUCCAAAGUUCAAAACCAAAAUAUUCAGUUAUAUUAAAAUUUCAUCUUUAUUGUUGAUCAAGUAAUAUUAGGUCCAUUAUAUUUCACUUUGCCUCUAAUAUUUCAGUGGUUCAAAUUUUGUUGGAAAUUCAACCUUGUAUAUCCUGGCAUUGCAGGAAAAGCAGUAGAG